AAUUUAGUUUUGUAUCUUGGUAUGUUCGACAAAAGAGAAAUAUUAAAGUUGGUUGUGAAAAAUUAAAAUUGUUUAAAUGUCAAUAUAAUUUAAAUUAAUGCUUUCACAGAUGCAACUAUUAAGAAAUCAUAUACCUGCUGUAAGGUGAUCAUAUUUCUACAGUAUUAUAUUUUACUUAAUUAAAAAUUUAGUCCAAAUAAGCGACUUGAUACAGCAUGAUCUUUUUUUGUAUCAUAUAUUAUUAAGGGCCUAAUUAAAUUCAGAAUAAGUAUCAUCCUGUAAGUAAACCUUAUUCUUGUUAUUGCAGCAAGAGGUUUUUAGGAAAAAGUCCGAUUAAACACUGUAAAACUCAUACUGGUGAGAAUACUUUUUCUUGUACUAUAUGUAAUAAGAGUUUUUCAGAAAAAAGUAACAUGACUAAACACAGUUGUGCUCAUACUGGUGAGAAACUUUAUUCUUGUAGUAUAUGUAAUAAGAGUUUUUCACUAAAGAGUAAUCUGACCAAUCACAGUCGUGUUCAUACUGGUGAGAAACCUUAUUCUUGUUAUAUAUGUAACAAGAAUUUUUCACGAAAAAGUAAUAUGGAAAGACACAAUCGUAUUCAUACUGGUGAAAAGCCUUAUUCUUGCAGUUUCUGUAAUAAAAGUUUUUCAUUAAAAAGUAAUCUCACUAAACACGAUUGUGUUCAUACUGGUGGGAAACCUUAUUCUUGUAGUAUAUGUAAUAUGAGUUUUUCAGUAAAAAGUGAUCUGAAAGAACACAAUCGUGUUCAUACUGGUAAUAAGCCUCAUUCUUGUAGUAUAUGUAAAAAGAAUUUUUCAUUAAAAAGUAAUCUGAAAGCACACUAUCGUGUUCAUACUAGUAAUAAGCCUUAUUCUUGUAGUCUAUGUAAUAAGAGUUUUUCGCUAAAAGGUAGUUUGAAAACACACAGCCAUGUUCAUAGUGGUAAUAAGCCUUAUUCUUGUAGUAUAUGUAAUAAGAGUUUUUCGCUAAGUGGUUGUCUGAAAAGACACAGUCGUGUUCAUUCUGGUGAGAAGCCUUAUUCUUGCAGUUUAUGUAAUAAAAAAUUUUCAGUAAUAAGUAAUCUGAGAAAACACUAUCGUGUUCAUACUGGUGAGAAGCCUUAUUCUUGCAGUUUAUGUCAUAAGAGCUUUUCACAAAAACUGAUUCUGAAUCAACACAGUCAUAUUCAUACUGGUGAUAAGCCUUAUUCCUGUAGCAUAUGUAAUAAGAGUUUUUCACAUAAAGGUAAUCUGAAAGAGCACAGCCGUGUUCAUACUGGUGAGAAGCCUUAUUCUUGUUUAUGUAAUAAAAGUUUUUCAUUAAAAAGUAAUCUGAGAAAACACUCUCGUGUCCAUACUAGUGAAAAGCCUUAUUCCUGUAGCAUAUGUAAUAAGAGUUUUUCACAAAAAGGUAAUCUGAAAAUGCACAGCCGUGUUCAUACUGGUGAGAAGCCUUAUUCUUGUAGUUUAUGUCAUAAGAGUUUUUCACGAAAAGGGUUUCUGAAUGAUCACAGCCAUGUGCAUACUGGUGAUAAGCCUUAUUCUUGUAGUAUAUGUAAUAAGAGUUUUUCAGUAAAAGGUAAUCUGAAAAGACACAGCCGUGUUCAUACUGGUGAGAAGCCUUAUUCUUGUAGUGUAUGUAAUAAGAGUUUUUCACGAAAAGGUUGUCUCACUAGACACGGUCGUGUUCAUACUGGUGAGAAGCCUUUUUCUUAGUUGGCUUAUUAAACAUAUUAAGUAGUAUAGAUUGUUUCAUGAAAUCAAUUUCUUGUUCUUCAAGGCAAGUCAUUUAACUAUUUACCGUUCAUAAAUUUUUUUAAUCGCAUUUGAAUGUUUUUAUGCAUAUCUUGGACCAAAAAUUAAGUUUUUUUUUUAAUUCGAAAAAUUAUUUAACUGAAUAAAUUUAUUUAAUAAGGAAAUAUGCAAAUGAUUUUAAUUUGUCCUUUUGGUUAAAAUAAAAUUCACUGUAUUUAAUUUUAUACUUAUGCUGUGUAUUAUAACAUAAUGAUAAAGAAAUUAAGUUUAAAAUAUUUUUCAAAGUUAUGUUUUAAAAAUUAUUACUUUUCAGAGGUCUGCCUAGGCCUAAUUUACUACCGUUUAGCGGUACCUUCACAAAUUCAACUUUAAGAA